AUGGUCUACGACGAAAACAUGAGAGAAUGGCAAGAGCCAAACGCCGGUGAGCGGGUGCGCAUCAUGGGGCUGCUGAGGGGCUCCACCGAGGCAUUGGGGGUCAGCGAAACGGACCGCUCGCGGCUAAUUGGGGCGGCGAUCAACGUGCGCGCGUGGGGGGGGGGCGAGGAUCCCAGGGGCGUGAGAAACCCAGAGAGAGCGGGGGGCCGGGGGGCCAGGGCGGGGAUCGGAGAGUUUUUCGCUCCAAAAGGUUCCGGCGCAGAAGAGGAGGCGGUUGAGAUCGAAGGGUUGCGCUCGCUCGCGCACGGCAGACAAGAAGAGAAAGGAGCGGAGCAGUUCGGGAAGGGCGCGGAGGAGCCAUUCGAGUGGGGAGCCGAGCAGAUCUGGCCGGGGUUGACCGAGGCGCAGAGAGAACGGGUUGUGGAGCUGCUCGAGACGUUUCGGGAGAUCUUUGGCUGGUCGAUCUACGACCUCAACGAUACGGCGAUAGAGGGGGUGGAGUUCGAAGUGGAGUUCACGGCCGACAAGCCCAUCUUCGCGCCCCGCCAGCGGUUCUCCCAGUACGAACACGAGCUGCUCAAGGCCUACUGCGAGGAGCGGGAAGCAGCGAAGCUGAUAACGAGGCUGAAGCUGCCGCCAUGGGUGAAGGAGCCAACUGCGCGCCGACGGUGA